AUGUCCAAAGCCAAGGCCGCCGCACCUCCGCCUGGAUGCUCUCUUGAUAUCAAUGAUCCGAAGGUUCAAGAGGCAGCGAUUCGCAUCCAGGCAUCGUACAGAGGACACCGAUCACGGAAGGAACUGCGGGAGAAGGGUCCACCCAAGGUUCUGCUCAACCUGAAGGAUGUGGUGCUGCUGGAGGGCAGUGCUGCCAAGCUGGAGUGUCGGGUCAGCGCCUUCCCCGACCCCUUCAUCGUCUGGUCCAAGAAUGGCAAGGAGCUGAAAGACGGGCCAAAGUACCGAUACGUUUUUGAGGACCCAGAUGUGGUGGCACUGGUUGUUCGAGACGGGGUGCUGGCAGAUCUGGGGAAAUACACCGUCACCAUCAAAAACCCAUUUGGGGAGACCUCCGACUCGGCCUGCAUCAAAGUGGAGGUUCCUGCCAAAAUUACAAAAGGGCCAGACACUGUGAAGGCAAAGAAAGGAUCAACUGUGGUUCUGAAAGCUGAUAUCAGUGGGGAGCCACCUCCUGAUGUGGGCUGGAUGAAGGACGGACAGGAUAUCGAUGAGGAUGACAGAGUAUUUUACGACAUAGGGGACACGAACACAACCCUGACAAUCAAAAAGGCACAGCCAUCGGAUGCGGGAAAAUACGAGGUCUUUGUAGAGAACAAUCUUGGAGUAGACCAGUCGUUUGCCCGUGUGGACGUCCAGUAA